AUGCUUCCCAUUCACACUGCUCAAAUGGCAUUCAGUAGCUUCAUGGCGAAGCGAUGGGCUCGAAGACGCUUUCAUCUGCUUAUUGCUGUGUUUCUAGCAACUGUUGUCUGCUUAUCGUCCAACAACUUUGAUCCGGUCAUACCACUAAAAACCCCGUUGCCGUAUUCCAGAUAUGGGCAUCGAUCUCAUCAUGGCAACUACAAGGCUAAACCUACCAAACCAUACGUCCUUCGAGCGGCUAGAAAGGAUGACAACACCGUUGAAAUGGUCAUAGCCAGCAAGCAGCAAGACAACGUCACUUGGCUAAACGAGUACCUCCCAAGCUGGAAGAAGAACAUAUACGUUGUGGACGACAGUUUUGCAGAGUUAAGUAUUCCUGAUAACAAAGGGAGAGAAGCUAUGGUGUUUUUGACAUACAUCAUUGACCGUUACGACUCGCUUCCCGGCAACAUCUUCUUUCAUCACGCGCAGCGGUUCAAAUGGCAUAAUGACGACCCCAACUAUGACGCGCUCAAUCUCCUACAGAGAUUCCGUCUCGGUUACCUAAAAGAACAAGGCUAUACCAGUCUACGCUGUGACUGGGCUUUAGGGUGCCCCGCAGCAAUCAGGCCAUGGGUUGACGCCAUUGUAAGACUCCCUGGAGAAGACAUAUCGUCAAAACACCUCUACAAGAAAUCUUUUGAACAGCUAUUCCCGGGCCAGAGUGUUCCAGAAACCGUGGGCGUCGCGUGCUGCUCGCAGUUUGCUGUACGUCGGGAAAUAAUACAACAGCGUCCAAAAUCGGAUUACAUCCGUUAUCGGAAAUGGCUACUCGAUACUGAACUCGGUGACCAUAUAAGCGGGCGGAUUUUUGAAUAUUCAUGGCAUAUUAUGUUUGGGAAGAAGGCUAUACAUUGUCCCAAUGCUAGUUCCUGCUACUGCAGAAUGUACGGGCUAUGCCAUAUGACCUGCGAAUCUAAACGCUGUAAUGGCCAGUAUUUCCUACCUAAGUUCGCGAACCUUCCUGCAGGAUGGCCGAAGAUAGGCUGGAACAAGGAAGACAGACACUGGUCCGGACCAGAGUAG